AUGGAAGGGCCGGAACUUUCACAGGCCUCGCAACCAUGUUUCGACAGCGAGAGGCAAAGACAGCGAGCAUCGCUUCCUCCACGACCGAAUGGAGCUGCUCGGCAUGCGAAGAGACUCACGCUCAACUUCCCCAUCAAUGUUCCGCCCGAGUUGGCCAAUGGACCCCGCUCAGGGAAGGAUUCGCCGGCUUCCAAACAAACACCGUCGGAGCCGUCACCCACCAUGCCCACGCCCUAUCGAGCUUCGCCUUCGAUCUCUGCGUUGAGUGAACCACCGGAUGAAGGCUAUGGUUUCCUCACUGCCCUCGCUGCGCAGGAACGGAAGGUGUUGGAGCUCAAGGAAGAGCUGCAGAGGGCUGAGCUGGAGCUUAUAACCCUGAAGAAGCAGUGGGAGCAGAAUGAAAAGGGCAGGAAGAUAAACCAGGUCGUUUACCGCGCCGAGGCUAUGAAGCCGUUGAGACAGACGGCAACUGAAGGGAGCCAGGCUGGAGAAACGGGAACUACGCAGUCACCAGCGGACAGUGAUGCAUCCGGGCAGAGAAGACUUAGCCGAGAGUUCGAAAGACGGCAUAGUUCCAGAAAUUCUAUGUCACAUUCACCAGGCACAAGCCAGCCGUCAAGGGCAAGGACGGUGUUUGAAGGCUCUCGACAUACACGCACCCUCUCCCUUCUCUCUGCGAGAGAUGGCUGUAGCGGCUCUCCACUCCCCCAGCCGGGUGAUGCAAGAAGUGCACGGCCAUCUGGGUACCCCAGAUCGGCGACUCUUCCCUCUAUUGAUCGAGAAUCAAACAGUGGCAAACAAACCAUCCUCACCCUCGCAAAACAGAAGUCUCCGCAGGACAAGGGACUAUGGCGGAGGUCUCUUCCUCCAAUACCGCAAGAUGCAACCACAGAAGCGCUCGUACGGACCGGAAGGCAGAUGGCUACUGAUUUCAAGGACGGACUAUGGACUUUCCUUGAAGAUAUUCGUCAGGCAACUGUAGGGGAAGAGGGCAUUAAUGCGACUCAAUCCCGCACUUCACAGGCAUAUCAACGCCCGGACCAGUUUAUCAAUAGACCCGGUGGAGGCGCUGCGGGCUCCAGAAAUCAUUCAGCAACGCCUUCAAGGUCCGGCAGAUCAGCACCUUCAAAGGCCGCUACUGCUGCCAAGCAAAAUAAACGUGGAACGGCUUCGGAGGCUGACUUCUGGGAGGAAUUUGGCGUCACCGCUCCAAAUAGGGCCCAGCCUAGCAAGCCUGCAAGUCGAAAUCAAAACAAAUCAAAUACUCCUAGCCAUCAGCCCAGCUUAUUAGAUAUCGACGAUAACUGGGAUAUAUGGGACAGCCCCCAGCCGAAGACACACACCCCAUCCUCGAGCAGCUCGACGUUUCCUUCGAAAAGAGACCACUCCCCGUCAACAAAUGCCAGCAGCCCACGGACGAGUGCAAGCGUGAUGGACUACAAAGACCUGGAUAUAGAGGCUGCCAGCAGCCCCGAGCAUCCAGAUGGCAUACCGUGGCCCGCCAUGACGAAAUCCACUCCUUCAAAACUGGCCCGCACUGCCUCAACCUUGAUGGCUGAGUGGGAACGAAGUCUCUCACCAGCCGGCUCAGACAGUGCAAAGAAAGGGUCCAAAGAUGAUUAG